AUGGGGCUCGUCAUAAUCGGCGCCACGGUGCAAGCAACAGCAUACACUGUUCCUAACCUAUUAAACGGACGUAUCGUUACGGGUUUCGACUUUGGUAUGUCAUACAUCGGUGGCCCAGUUGCUUGGCGUCUUCCCCUCGCCUUCCAGAUCGGCUUCGCUCUCGUCGUGGUCAUCUUGGUGUUCGCUCCUCCUGAGUCCCCUCGAUGGCUGUUCAAGCAUGGUCGCGAGCAGGAAGCAAUUCAGGUCCUCUGUGACGUUUUUGACAAAGAUCCCACCGAUGAGUACAUCCGAACAGAAGUGCACGCAAUAGACUACGCCAUCGACCUGGAGGUUGCAGAAAAGAAGUCUUCCUCUUGGAUCAGUGUCUUCAAGACUGACCGCCUGAGGACCGGCCAUCGUAUUCUUUUGGCAUGGGGUGCACAGUUCAUGAACCAGAUUGGUAGAAUUAAACUAGUUGUCUACUACAUACCCUCGGUUCUAGUGCAGAACGUUGGUUUGACGGCACAGAUGGCCCAGAUCAUUAGAGAAUGCGUGCAGAUGAUGUUCAUGUUUGGUUCCAUACUGCCGGCUUUCGCGUUAGAUCGUAUGGGUCGCCGCAAAAUUAUGAUGUGGGGAAGUGCCGGGCUUGACGACUGCAUGCUCAUGAUCUCGAUUCUGUUCUCUCGAGUCGGGCUUGCAAACGGUCAAGUUUGUGCUUCAGCAUCAGUGGCAUUCUUCUUUCUCUACAACUUGAUUUUCGGUAUGGGCUUGAACUGCGUCCCAUGGGUCGUUGUACCGGAGAUUCUCCCGCUGCAGGCUCGAAACCAUGGUACUGCUGUGGGCAUCAGCUCCAACUGGUUGUGGAACUUCUUUGUCGUUAUGAUCACCCCAAUCAUUAUCAAUCGUCUGCAGUGGAAGGCGUAUCUUAUCUUCAUGGUCACCAACUUUGUUUUUGUGCCUGUCAUUUACUUCUUCUACCCCGAAACUAGCAAUUUUAGAUUAGAGGAGAUUGACGAGUUCUUUACGUCAGGCGGCAGCCCGGUUAAGAUUGCGAAGGAGUUGUCCAAGGCCAUGAAGAUUGGUGCGGAUAGGGCCGGUUGCGACCCAGAGAAGGUAUUGCACCCCUUGGACGAGGACAAAGUAGAGGUAGAGCAUAAUUAG